AUGCGGGCUAUCCAGUGUUACGUUUAUCUUGCGUUGCUGCUGAUGACAGCGUCGGCCGUCCCGGCGUCAUCGAAGGUCGACUCAGCCAAGGUCAAGAAAACCACGGCGAUCACAUCCGGAGGAGGCAAGAACACCUCGGCGAUCACUGCGACGACGGCAGCGUCGAGGCCGAUCGCGAACGCUACGUUAUAUUCCUCGUCAUUUUCCUCGGCGGCGACGACGACGAGGACGACGGCAACGGUGCCGCACACAGUCGCUACAUCCGCCACGACGACGCUGAAGCUGCCAGCCUCGUCAACGACCAUCACGGCGACAGCGACGGCGACGACGACGACAACGACGACAUCAUCUGCGUCGCCGUCGCUAACGUCAUCCACGGCGAGUCUUCCGACCUCCCGUGCUCCACAGGAUGGCUCAAGUCCCACCUACAUCACCGAGACAUCGCCGAGGAUAAUCUCCCCUACUCAACAUACCGCAGCCACGGUGUUGUCAUCGAGAAAAUCAGCGGCUUCUGCAACCGCCGCAGUCGCCGAUGUCACGACCAGUGCGCCUUUGACGGCCAAGGAGACGCGGGAAUCGCCCGGAAAGAUUAGACCGCAAAUCAAACUGACAACAAAUUACACCACCGCCAGCGAGACGGGGGUACGAUUGCCGGAGGGAGCGAGCGCGGCGCUCGCAAAACCGACCAAAUAUCACUAUUAUCCGCACAAUCAGCAUAUCUAUUUGCUGCCGGAAUGCGCCGUUCAGCAGGUGUGCAAUGCUGUUUACGUCCGAUUGAAUUUCACGCAACCGCUAUGCGCCUGUCCCGGAAGGUACCGGGAUCCUUGUAGUGCAUCCUUGGACAGUGACGACCUGCACACGACCGAGCUGGUGACCGAUCCGCGAACCAAGGCCUUGACCUUGGUGAAAACGUGUGAGCCGGUCGCCGAGAUGCGAGAGUGCAGAGCAUCGCGCGACUGGUCCCUGUUGGCGUUGCAGAACGUGCGUACGGGAAAGUCUCACUAUCUCGUAAUAUGCCGAUGUCCCGACACAAACAUACUCGAAGGACCUAUGAGCCACGAUCAACCGACUUACGCCAGCGUCCCGGGUAUUCGGGUGUACGGAAUGAUGUGCGUACAGGGAAACAGAAGAGGACGACCGCUACGAUAUUCGCGCAGUGUUUUUGGACACGCAGAGGAUGAACCACGUUUCCCUUGGGACAAGGUGCGACAGUUAUUGGCGAUGCCAUCUCUCUGGGAAUAGUUUCGCGAUAUCCCAUCCUGUAUCUGCCAUCGACGAAUUUACGCGUUAAUUUAUAAUGCUAUUAUAUUUAUAAUUCUCCCAGCCAUUCGAAUCCCAUGCCCGAACUCUCUUCAUCUUCCUACCAUUUCCCUCUUAUUACUCUCACGUUUUCGUACCUCUCGAA